AUGGCCGACGCCAUCUUAACUAGAGAGGACGACCUUCUCUCUGAGAAGGAUUACCAAAGGGGGUUGGUUCAAACCACCCCCAAGUGCUCCAGUUCCCCCAACGGCCGUUCUGACGGACCAUUAGGGGGUGCAGAACAACCGGGAGAGACCCUGGCCGCUGAACCACCCGCGGCCCAAAUAAAAAUAAAAAAGGCGCAAAAAGCCGCUCCGCCGCAACCGGACAGCAGAAAAAGGAAGCGCGGCAACAAGAUCGGCGCCGGCAUGAAAGCCGGACAAUAUGAGGAGGAAAAAGAGGAGGGCGAUUUUGACUCUGAUGACGAGCCUCCUCAGGAGUCGGACCAACAUAACAGGCUUUUCUCUGUUGCAGAUGUGAGGAAGAUGGUGUGCGAGAAGGAAUCUGGAAGGAUAGUUGUGGAAAAACACAAUGAUUGGCAGGAGAAGCCAUAUAAAUGCUUGGAGUGUGGAAAGUGCUUCUCUCAGAAUUACACCCUGACUGCACAUCAAAGGAUUCACACAGGGGAGAAGCCAUAUAAAUGCUUGGAGUGUGGAAAGUGCUUCUCUCAGAAUUGCCACCUUACUGAACAUCGAAAGAUUCACACAGGGGAGAAACCAUAUAAAUGCUGGGAGUGUGGAAAGUGCUUCUCUCGGAAUGAAACCCUGACUACCCAUCAAAGGAUUCACACAGGGGAGAAGCCAUAUAAAUGCUGGGAGUGUGGAAAGUGCUUCUCUUGGAAUUACACCCUGACUGCACAUCAAAGGAUUCACACAGGGGAGAAGCCAUAUAAAUGCUUGGAGUGUGGAACGGGCUUCUCUCAGAAUUACACCCUGACUGUACAUCAAAGGAUUCACACUGGGGAGAAACCAUAUAAAUGCUUGGAGUGUGGAAAGUGCUUCGCUCACCAUUCCCACCUAACUGCACAUCAAAGGACUCACACAGGGAAGAAGCCAUAUAAAUGCUUGGAGUGUGGAAAGUGCUUCGCUCACCAUUCCCACCUAACUGCACAUCAAAGGACUCACACAGGGGAGAAGCCAUAUAAAUGCUGGGAGUGUGGAAAAUGCUUUGCUCACAAUGGCAGUCUAACUGCACAUAAGAAGAUUCACACAGGGGAAAAGCCGUAUAAAUGCUUGGAGUGUGGAAAAUGCUUCGCUCACAAUGGCAGUCUAACUGCACAUAAGAAGAUUCACACAGGGGAGAAGCCGUAUAAAUGCUUGGAGUGUGGAAAGUGCUUCGCUCAGCAUUCCCUCCUAACUGCACAUCAAAAGACUCACACAGGGAAGAAGCCAUAUACCUGCUGGGAGUGUGGAAAGUGCUUCUCUCGGAAUGACACCCUAAGUGAACAUCAAAGGGUUCACACAGGGCAGAAGCCGUAUAAAUGCUUGGAGUGUGGAAAAUGCUUCGCUCACAAUGGCAAUCUAACUGCACAUAAGAAGAUUCACACAGGGGAGAAGCCAUAUAAAUGCUUGGAGUGUGGAAAAUGCUUCUCUCAGAAUAGCACCCUAAGUAAACAUCAAAGGGUUCACACAGGGGAGAAGCCGUAUAAAUGCUUGGAGUGUGGAAAGUGCUUCGCUCAGCAUUCCCACCUAACUAGUCAUAAAAAAAUUCACACGGGGAAACCAUAUAAAUGCUUGGAGUGUGGAAAGUGCUUCGCUCAAGGAAGAGGCGCCUUUGCAUCGCGCCCCGGGUAA